UACAAUAAAAGAAAAAAACAAACUUCAGUGCUAAGAAAAAAAAAAGACAAAAUGAUAAUUAUUGUUACAAAGGAUUGCGUCAGAUUAGGUCACGUAUUCUUAAUUAAGAAACCAAAUAUAUCAUGUUGGAGAGCAAGUCGAGACAUGUUGAAGAAUUUUUCACAGACUGCAAGCUAAAUACUUAAUAUUACCGAUCAUCCUCUCUUUGAUAGGGAAAAAAUGCAAUUAGUGCCGACCAUAGUACAUGUGACCAGACGCCAAACUUACUUAGAAAUUGUACGCGAUAUAGUACUACAAAACACACUAUUUGGAAGUUGGAGUGUACAUGUGGAUGUGAGUGUAAGUAUGGUUCAUAAGAAGAGUCAUCCCUUCUCAAUUCUGAAUAGAUGACCUAAUCCGACAGGAUCCUUCAUUACAAUAAUAUCGUUUUGUCAUUCUUUCGGAGUGUAUCGAUUUGGCCGAAAUAAAAAUAAUGUUCCAGAUGGGUGAGGAGUGUGGGACAGAGCUCGGUAUAGGACAUAAAUUAUAGUUUUGUCUUGCUCUAUGCCCAGCUCUGAUGUAGGUGUAGUUAUGUGACUUCACGACAUCUCCACUCACGCCCUAUCUUCAUCGCACAAAUCGAGAAUCUCAAAAUAAACUAUCUUCAACAUUUUCAUAUGAUCGUCAUUUUUUUUCUUAGCGCUGAAUUUUUUUAAAAUUGUAUUUCAUAUUCAACGCUUUAUCGUACUAAAUAGGUGUAUAUAUACAGUAUUCGACCUCCAACUAUACAAGCAUAUAAUCGAAUUAAAUUUCAAAAAGUGGUACGAGACUUUUGAAGUGUACUGUAUAUUUAUUAUUUUAUUUUCUAGGUGAUGCUACAAAAAUAUGUAAUUGUUUUCAAAAUUUUGAUGUUGUUACACUUAUUGAAGUUAUUGAACAUUUAUAUUUAAAUGAUUUAGAAAAUUUAGUUAAACAUAUAUUUGGUUAUAUAUGUCCACGACUUGUUAUUAUAACAACACCAAAUGCUGAUUUUAAUGUACUUUUUACAACAAUGAUUUGUGGACAAUAUCGUCAUGCUGAUCAUAAAUUUGAAUUUACUCGUCAUGAAUUUAAUAUAUGGUCACAAAAAAUUGCUCAUACAUAUGGUUAUUUAGUUGAAUUUAAUGGUGUUGGUGAAGCUUCAUCUAAUGAACAAUAUCGAAAUAUUGGUAAAUGUACACAAAUUGCUAUUUUUUAUCGUCAAAAUAAUAUAAUAAAAAGAAUUUUAACAUCAAAUGAAUUUUAUCAACGUUUAUCUUAUUGUAAUAAAUAUGAACUUAUUGGUUUUAUUGAUUGUCCAUAUGGUAUUAAAAAAUCUAUUGAUGUUUAA